AUGACGGGCACUCCUGCUGCUGGUCUACGAGUGUUGAGGCGCCGCCCUACUGCACCAGUGGACUUCGCCAUAGUUACGAGGUUUAUGGCUCGGCCUCGGAGUGUUCCUAGUGGGGAUGGACAGCAGCAGGCACUAUGCAGUACGAUACGGAGGACUUUAGAUAGGGGCGACUACCGCCUCGGACGAUGGGCAUAUAUAGGAGCUCAGCUCUCUCUAGUCUGUGAUACCUUACCACCAGGCAUGGCGGCUGCCUCUGCUAGUGCUGUGACCUUGGCCAAGCGUGAAGUUAAAGGAUUCACGCCGGAUCUGUUAUUGAUCACCAGACUAAUCGACAAGGCCGUCUCUGCGUCGUCACUAUCGUGUCGGUCGAUCUCUCUUAUAGUGUACACAGCUCUCCAUAGUGGCCUUUCUAACAGGGAUGACCUCAUCAAUGAGGUCCUCUCCAACAGCCGUACUAGUCUGGGGAGUGAUGGUAACAUCGUAGAAGUAAUCGAGUUGGGGUAUAUGCUCAGGCCUCACAGCAUCGCUAACUACAGGCUUGUCUUGCAGAUGCUAUUAGAGAGGCUUGCGAGCAAGGACGUGUGUGUUCGAUGGGAGGCUCUGUCAGGGUCAUGCAUGGCUAUGUGUCUGUUGGUACUGGGCGAUCUCCCAAAGGAGGUCGGUCGGACAUGGACGAAGCUGUGUGAGCGUGAGCUCGUCACAGCACCGAUGUCGGGGAAAGCUGUCCGGAUAUUAGCACGGGAGUGUGAGAGGAAGGGCUCAAUGAUCAGUGAGGGUUUAUUACGGGCGAUAGUGUCGAGCCAGGCUGUGCGGCUAGAGCCUCCUGAGAUGUCAACGACGAUCAUCAUGGCCAUUUUGAACUUACCUUCGGUGGAUCAAGCUUUACUGCCGAGUUUAGCAUGGGAGAGUGUUCGACUGUUGGCUGAUAGACUGCACCAGAUGCAUACCAGUGACGUGUUCACCAUCGCUUGUGGGGUUGUCGUUGUCAACAUCACAUUGCAUGUUCAGUGUCUCCAGUUGUUGAGCCGACCGGAAGUGUGUGCCCAACUUGGUAUUGACGAGGACGUCUUAGGGGUGAUGAGAAGGCGAUUGUUGAGUACUGUUGUGAAGCAUGCUGUUGGUACCGUCAAGUGA